AUGUCUGGAGAGGUAGCUAUGUGUGACUCUAACUUUGGCAAUGUCAAGGUGAAGGAGCCGAGCGUGGGUGGCAGGUGGCGUGUGUCCUGGUACGAGCGGCUGGUGCAGCCCUGCCUGGUUGAGCUGCUGGGCUCUGCCCUCUUCAUCUUCAUCGGGUGCCUGUCUGUCAUCGAGAAUGGGCUGGACACCGGGCUGCUGCAGCCAGCCCUGGCCCACGGGCUGGCCCUGGGGCUCAUCAUUGCCACACUGGGGAACAUCAGUGGGGGACAUUUUAACCCUGCGGUGUCCCUGGCGGCCAUGCUGACUGGAGGCCUCACCCUGAUGAUGCUCGUUCCCUACUGGAUCUCCCAGCUGCUCGGGGGGCUGAUCGGGGCUGCCCUGGCCAAGGCAGUGAGUCCUGCGGAGAGGUUCUGGAACACAUCUGGGGCAGCCUUUGUGACAGUCCAGGAGCAGGGGCAGGUGGCAGGGGCGCUGGGGGCAGAGAUCAUCCUGACGAUGCUGCUGGCCUUGGCCGUGUGCAUGGGGGCCAUCAACGAGAAGACCAAGGGCCCUCUGGCCCCAUUCUCCAUCGGCUUAUCUGUCACCGUGGACAUCCUGGUAGGGGGUAACGUGUCUGGAGCCUGCAUGAACCCUGCCCGUGCCUUUGGACCUGCCGUGAUGGCCAACUACUGGGGCUUCCACUGGAUCUACUGGGUGGGCCCACUCCUGGCUGGCCUGCUAGUGGGACUGUUCAUUAGGUUCUUCAUUGGAGAUGGGAAAACCCGCUUGAUCCUGAAGGGACGGUGAAGCUGAGCUGGUGGGAUCCCUGCUGCUACUGCUGCC